AGCCAUGAUGCACUUUUAAUUAUUGCACUCUGUCUUUAUCCUGAGAUUUUUGAUUUUUGACUCAGAUUUUUGAUUUAUUUGUUUUAUUUUUUUUUUUACUAGACAGUCUAUUAAUGACUAAACGUUUACACUGCUGUUCGAAUCGUAGAAUGUGAUGCAAACCUGCAUAUUUUAUCUGUUUAUUCUCCUUUUCACGUGGAGGCGCUACAGACUGUUUAACACAGAGCAACAUGGAACAGAGGAAGCACAAAACCAAGAUGGCGGCCAACAGAGCUGACAGAACCUCCAGUGUUCUUUCCUCUGUGCUUCUCCAAAUUCUACUUUACCUCUCUGCAUUCUACAGCCUCUUCUACUUCCUUUCCAGCCUCUGUAUGAUCAUCUACAAAAGUCAGAUGUUGAGUUACCCUGACAAAUAUUUGGCACUAGACGUGUGCUUGCUUCUGCUGAUGGCUGCUUUUGAGAUCUUGAGAGUCUACUGGGGAGUCAGAGGCAACCUGCAGGAGAGCGAGAGAUAUGUAGGUGCAAGUCUCCUCCUCACAGGAGCCACACUUCUGCUUUCAGUGUACUUCCUGGUGUGGCAGUCAUACGUGCUAAGAGCUGAUGUCAUCAUUAACGCUAUCCUUCUCUGCAUCUACGGCCUCUCUGGAGUAGCUGGCUUUGGAGUCCUUGCACGGUUCACCAGUGUUUACUCAUGAAACACAAGGUCUGUCCUGAUGGUCUAAAUCCACAGCUGCACCACCACUAAUGUAUGGAUAGCAUGCUGCAUAAUACACCAGUGAAGCUCCUCUGUCUCAGCAAACACACUGGUUGGAGUAGGAUAAGAGAGCUGAUAAAAGGCCAUUAGCUACAUUUCUCCACACUGAAUGGAGAAUAGAUAUUAAACAAAAUCAUUCUGGUUGUUUGUAUCUUUUUGUAGAUUUUUACAAAGUUUAUUGUGUGAAAAAUCUAGAGCUGCUGCUUACAUAAAAAAAUAUAAGGCUUUCACUUGUACUGUAACUCCACCAACCUGUUAAUUCUCUGAAACUGUUGUUGAUAAAGUAAUGCAUCCACAAAGUGACAUGUUUUUAAUAAAUAUAUUUUCAUAAGUUUUUUUUUAUUCAAUUUAUAUUCUUUUCAUAAUAAAAGUGUAAUUGCCAUA